AUGGGCGGCCCUCCAGGGGUCUCGGCCAGCGUCGUCGCCGUGCUGCAGCUCGCAACGACCGCCACGCAGUAUCUCAAGGACGUCAGGAGCGGGACGGCCGAGAGGACGCGGCUCCGAGACGAGCUCCGAAGCACGGUGUGCCUGCUGGAGAUGCUGCAGGACCGCCUGGAGGAUGAAGAUGGCAGCGUGGACGACUCGAGCACGCUGAGGCCGCAGGCUGUCGAUUUGUUGAGCGGCGCGGAUGGGCCACUGCAGCUGUUCCAGCAAGCUCUGGAAGAAAUCAUCCGCGAGCUUGCUCCUCAGGAUAAGCUGAGGCGGAGGGCACAGCCGUUUACGUGGCCGUUUGACAAGAAGAAGGUGGCAGAGCUGCUUGCGUGCUUGGAACGAUUGAAGAGCCACUUCAACCUCGUUUUGCAGAACAAUAUUGCACAACUGGCGAGAUCGGCAAACCUCAAGCUUGAUAGACUUGCCGACAAUGUAGAAAGCUCGGAAGCGAGAUCGCGAGAUGCAGAUACACAAAAGAUAAUCAAUUGGCUCAGUCCAGUGUCUUUUCGGGCUAGACAUGUCAGUGUUUUGGAGAGCGUGCAGCCUGGGACUGGCGCCUGGUUGUUAGAACAUGAGGUUUUUCGUGACUGGGUGAAUGGCAAUACUGGAACUCUCUGGUGUCCGGGUAUACCUGGAGCUGGCAAGACAAGACUCUUGUCCUUGGUCGUCAACCACCUCGAACAAGAGCCACCCCACGCACGCAGCUUCUGCUCAUACAUCUACUGCGACUACAGACAACGCAGCAGCCAGUCAAGUGCUGCUCUCCUUUCAAGUAUUCUUCAGCAAGUGCUUCAGAGUUCAGCUGAAGUGUUGCCAUCCGAAGUAGCAACGCUGUAUAGCCAGCAUCAGAAAUACAACACUCGUCCUACCUUGACGCAGAUUGCUGAUAUACUUGGCAAGAUAGUUUCAACGUUUGAAUCAUUCCAUGUCAUCAUCGACGCUCUUGACGAGUGUGCAGAGUCAAAUGAAGAGGCUCUCCGAUUUGUCACGGCAGUUUCCUCUUUGGGUUCAUCAGUGAAGAUAAUGUGCACAUCUAGAUCUUCUAGCAGAUUCGACGCCUAUUUCAGUGAAGCAUUGACAAUAAAGAUUUCUGCUCAUCAUGACGAUAUUCGCACUUUUCUGGAUGCGUGUAUACAAGAACAGCAUCUACUCUCAAAACAUGUUCGGAAAGAUCCCACCUUGAAAGACGAUAUCAUCAGAACCAUCAUCCAAGAAUCUCAGGGGAUGUUCUUAUUGGCAAAACUACACAUGAAUUCACUAUCAAAGAAGCUUAGCUGCCGAGAGGUGCGCGCUACAUUGAAAUCCCUACCAAAAACUCUAGAUGCCAUGUACGCAGACGCAUAUGAGAGGAUAGAAAAUCAAGAAACAGAAUUCGCUGAGCUGGCUGAGGCAGUCCUAUUCUGGAUCGUUUGUGCCAGAAGAAACUUUACAGUCCAAGACUUGCAACAUCUCUAUGCCACACAAGAAUUGCCAGACGGAGAAUCACUCGAAGAAGAUGAUUUGCCAGAUGGCGAUAUUUUAACGGAAGCUUGCAGCGGAUUGGUCAUGGUUGAUGCGGAAUCGCAAGUCGUCCGUCUAGUGCACUAUACCGCUCAGCAAUACUUUGAGGAAUAUCACAAACUGUUGAUCAAAAGGGCACAGCUGACUCUGACAAGAACCAGUCUGACAUAUCUAGCACUGCCCAACUUUUCCAGUGGCGCCUGCACAAAUGAUGUCGACAUGUCUCUCCGUUUGAAGCAAUAUCCGUUCCUUGAUUACGCUGCCAAAUACUGGGGUGCCGAAAUUGUUCAUAUCGAGAGUGCCGAAGUUAUACCAAAACUAGAAAGCUUCAUCUCCAACACUGCCGCGUUGGAGGCUGCCAAUCAAGCAUGGAGUUUGAAGCCUAAUUGGUAUACACAUUGGAGCCAGGAGUUCCCUAGACAUGUACCUGCACUCGUGAUGAUCUCUGCUUUUGAAGUGUCGGAUGUUCUGAGAUACAUGGUCUCAAAAGGCCAUGCAGUUGACGACAGAGGCAGCGAUGGGGAAACGGCUCUAAUUCGUUCUGCUGCCUUUGGCCACGCCCAGAACGUGCAAGUGCUUCUUGAUCUCGGCGCCGAAGUUGAUGCUCGAGAUCACAUGGAUGAGACCGCGCUGCAGAGAGCAGCAAGAUGCGGGUAUGAGGAUGUGAUCAAUGUCUUGCUCGAUAAAGGAGCAGACGUCAACUUGAGAGCAUCCGGUAACUGGACUGCGCUCAUGUCUGCAGUCUCUAGCGCCAACAUUGAGGCCGUCAAAAUCUUGGUCGAAGCGGGAGCCGACUUCAAAGCGGAAACGGUAUGGGGAGAUUCGGCCUUGAGCAUUGCAACGCGCAAUGGUCUGGAAGCCAUUGCCGAUUUCCUCUCGGAUCAGGGGGCAGUUCUCCCCAAGGGUCCCGCUGGGCGUCGUGCUUCUCUCAUUGCCUCGCGCAAAGGUCUGCACCAGCUCGUCCGGAAACUCACGGCCAAUUAUGAUACUGUUGCCGACAAGCCCCUGCGGCGGCAAAGCUCGAGACUCAUGGAAGGGUUGAAUGCCAUUCAAGAGGAUGAAAUAGCAGCGUCUAGUAUAACGAGACCCGAGGCACUGGGAGCAGACCCCGGAGCAGACGAAUCCAGAACGGAUGACUUCUUGGAUGCGUUGGAAGAGACAAGCUACAACACUGGUUUCUUUAAUCGUUAUAAUAUGGUUGAAAGACUUGGCAGAGGUCACUUUGCCAAUGUGUAUUUAUGCUCAAGCAGAGUGACGGGGGUGAGGCACGCAGUCAAGGUAUGUAUAUGCGCUAAUGUAGUAGAAGAUGCCGCAGUACGAAGUGGCAUCAUUUGGGAGAUCAAAGCCCUGCAGGCGCUCCAAAAGAAUCCGCAUCCGAACAUCUUGAGGAUUGUUGAUUUAUUCGCGGACUACUCUCUCAAGACGAUUUACUUGGUGCUGGAGCUGGCCCCGCGGGGGGAGCUUUUCAACUAUAUUGUGGCAAGGCAGUCUUUAUCGGAAGAACAGACGCGAAAGAUAUUCUUGCAGGUGUUUUCCGCGCUAGAAUAUAUGCAUGGCCUGGGAUGGAUGCAUCGUGAUAUCAAACCGGAGAACAUCCUGUUACUGGAGGAAGAGACGCCAACUAUCAAAAUUGCAGACUUUGGGUUGGCAAAGAAACUUGGCGCCGAAGCUGAAGCUUUGGGGCUCACGAUGACCCUUUGUGGAACACCAAGCUAUGUUGCCCCCGAGGUACUUGAUGUAGACGGAGAGAGGAAAUACGGAAUCUCGGUAGAUAUCUGGUCCUGCGGCGUCGUCAUGUACAUCUGUCUAUGUGGCUUCCCGCCCUUUAGCGACGAAUUGCACAGCGAAGACUUUCCCUACACGCUCGCCCAGCAAAUCAAGGGGGGCCGAUUCGACUAUCCAUCGCCGUACUGGGACAAGGUCGGUGACCCGGCCUUGGAUCUGAUCGAUAACAUGCUGGUGGUGGAUGUUAGAAGGCGGUUCACGGCCAGGCAGUGUCUGGAGCAUCCGUGGAUGCGAGAGGUGAUGCCGCGGAUACUGGCGGAGCCGAUUAGGUCGGCAAGUCCGGAGCCAAUGUGA